UCCCUGUCGAAUUCCCGAAUGAAAGUCUACUUCUCCGCUACCGCCCCACUCGAGCUUGCAGCUCUCACGCGGCGCUCCGGCCAGUCUCUUAGUUUCCGGUACUCACGCCCUAUUUGUCUCUCGUCGACUUCGCGACUUUUCUUUUUUCUUUUUAGUUCUAUCAGCUACAGAAAGGUAUUACAUUUUUUUUUAGUAAAAAUUUUAUUUUUUAUUUUAGCUUUGUAGUUGACAACAUGAUUUAGGUUUGUCUAAUCCUGCAUGCUUGUUUGUGAUAGUUUUUAUCUUGUUGUCAACAUUGUGUUUGUGUUAUUAAUUGUAUUCGUGUUAUCAUUUUUUUGUUACUUGAUGUCUGUCUUUACUUGAAUAUGAAUUUUGGGUGCCCAUUUAUUAGGGUAUCCUCUUUAUAGAUUGUGCCUGGGUUUCUUUAGCCAGUCAGGUACACCCUAAGAAAAGUGUUGGAAUCGAAGAUAAAUUUUAAACUUUUUAAUCUAGAGAACUUCAUACAACUAUAUCUGUGUCACUGCACAUUUGUGUCCAUAUCUUCCUUAUUUUAUGGUUUUCAAAAUCAUAGGCGUAGAUAGGCUAUUAAGGAGAAUUGUUGUUUCGCUUUCUUUUUGAGUUGCUUGGAGAUAGCUGAUGCCUUUUGAUGGCGUGUUUCUCUGUUAUGGUGCCAUUAAGUUGGAUUGUACACUAGGAAAUGUCAAGAAUAAAAGUAUCCUUCCUUUAUAUCGAAUGAAGCUUUUUCAGAUAGUGGUAUUUAUGCUCUUUUAUUUUUAUUUUUUGUAUUUAUGCUACUGUGCUAGACAACUUUAUAUUGUAUAAUUGUUAUAUAAAUGUUCUUAUCUAAUGACAUAACUUAGUUUUGUUAAUGUUUAGAAAUUUUAUAAUUAAUGAAAAAUAGGAUAUAUUAUUUUACAAUUUAGACUAUUUUUUAUCCUAAUUAGCAGUAAUUUAGUUUUAUUUGACUGAUUAUGAUCAGGAUUGUGUGAAAAAUUUAAAUAUUUAGAAGGUUAUAAAUGGAAUUAUGAGUUUUGCAGUGAAAAAUGUGCAUUAUGUUAUCUGGAUAUAGCUGAUAGCUCAGGCAUUGGAGAUAGCUGAUAGUUCAUAUAUUGGCCAGCACAACUCUGUUUAGUGGUUGGUGUCACAGUGUGCAAGAGAAGCUAUGCCACGUCCAGAGCUCCAAGCUCCGCCAGAGAUAUUCUACAAUGAGGUGGAGGCACGCAAGUAUACGACUUCGUCUCGCAUCAUUGAAAUCCAAGCAAAGAUAUCUGAGCGAGCACUUGAACUACUUGCCUUACCAAAUGAUGGCAUACCCAGGCUUCUGCUAGACAUUGGCUGUGGAUCUGGGCUUAGUGGUGAUACUCUAUCUAAAAAUGGGCAUCAUUGGCUUGGCUAUGAUAUUUCAAGUUCAAUGUUGGAUGUUGCAUUAGAGGGUGAAGCAGAGGGUGAUCUUUUGCUUGCAGAUAUGGGUCAGGGCUUAGGCUUACGGCCAGGGGUUGUUGACGGUGCGAUCAGUAUUUCAGCAGUCCAGUGGUUAUGCUAUGCUGACAAGUCCUCACAUGAGCCAAGAACGAGGCUAAAGGCAUUCUUUGGCUCACUAUACCGAUGUUUGGCUAGAGGGGCGAGAGCUGUAUUACAACUUUAUGCAGAAAACAGGGAUCAAAAUGAGAUGAUCUCGACUUAUGCCAUGCGAGCGGGUUUUUCCGGUGGCAUUGUUGUUGAUUGGCCGCAUAGCUCAAAAGCACGGAAAGAAUAUCUGGUUCUUACUUGUGGUCCGCCCUCAGCUCAAACUUACCAGCCGAAGGGGAAAGGCGAAAAUGGUGAGGUGUGCAGUGAAGAUAAGGAAAGCGAUGCCGACACUGAUGACAACCAAACAGUUGAUGUAUACGAUCGAAACCGACCGAGGAAGAAGUUGAAGGUAAAGAAGAAAGGGAAAGGUAGAGAAUGGAUCUUAAAGAAGAAAGAACAGAUGAGGAAAAAAGGAUACAGUGUCCCUCCUGAUACCAAACACACUGGUCGAAAGCGCAAGGAUCGAUUCUGACCGUUCUUGGAUCGAGAUUCACAAAGCUUCGGAUCAUGAGAAACCGUAUAAUUUUUUUUGGGACAGUGUUAUUGUAAUUAAUCCAAAUUUAAUAAAUCGAAUUUUUAUCGAUUUUUUUUAUAAAAA